ACUCGUGCAGCUUUCCCUCCCUCUCUGGUGGCGAUGCUAAACCGGAGAGCAGUCUGUCCGCCCCACCUGGGAUGGAUUUAGACGAAGCUCUACAAGCUGUCGGCGAGUUUGGACCAUAUCAGAAGCGGGCAGUUGUUAUCCUUCUUCUGACACAGGUUUGAAAAAAGCGUCAAUGAGUUUUAUUUUUGUCUGUACAGAAACCCAGAGGAGCAUCCCAGCUGUGCUGUUCUGCUGUCAGCUAAACGAGAGGUGAUGUUGACGUGGCUCUGAAGACCUGCUGGAGUCCUUUUAAUAUCUGACCAAGAAGACACUCAGUUAGACAGAAAGUAACAACUUCCUUUAAAAAUUGAGAGAUUUGUUGGUCUUGUGGAAAAAUUAUAACUCAGUAUUUAAAGAGGCAUUUUCGAUCUCAGGAAACUAGUUUCCACACAAAAACAAACCUCAUGCUUUCAUCGCUUAUCCAAGUGGACUUUGACGGCAAACCAUAUCGAUAUUUCUUUACGUUUCACCAAAGCAAAACGACAGAAAAGGCAGAAUUUUGGCACACGGCACUCCUAUAGCUUAAUAUUUAAGUUGUGACUUCUUAAAGGGAUAUUCCGGCGUAAAAUUAUUUUAGGGUCAAACACACCGUAACACCAAGUUGGACACCCCGUCGAGAGAUGAAUGUUGCCGACCGCUUGCUUCUCUAGUUAUACCAACUUUUGUAACGACCGCACGAUAGCAGUUCACAGUGGUCUGAGGAGCCAUAAACAAACCUCAACCAAAACACCACUCUAUAGCCACAAAUAAUGCUCAGAACAGCACCUAACUUCAUCAGCAGUACAUAUAGAGUCCCAGCCACAGCACUAGCCACCAAACAUCUUUUUAGCUUACCUACGGUGUGUUUGACCCUAAAUUAAUUUUAUGCCAGAAUAUCCCUUUAAUGGUUUGUAUGCUCUUGUACAAAUAUAAAUUAAGGUAUUUAAUGUCAUUGCUACUUGUGGGCAAAUUUUCAAAUUGUGAGGUAUACUUGUGUUGGAGUAAUACCAAUACAUCUUUGGUACUUAAAGUAGCGAAACGUGGCUUUGUAGAGUGGCAACAGUGGAGGUGACCUCUGGGGUGCUUGGUGGGGUUAAAGACAUCUGUUGAAAUAAGAAAUUUCAGAGGCUGAAAUGACAGUUUUUUUUUCUCCAUGAGUUAGAUAAAGAUUAUUUUUAAUGUCUAAAACAUUUGAAGUUACUACCAAGCCGUCAGCAGGUAAGUGCAACAGCUGAAAAUGUGUAUAAUAUCUCCUUAAGUAAGCAGAGUGUGGACUUAUAAGCAUGUCUGUUUGAUAAGGAUCUAAAUACUGCACAGAAAACCAUCUUGAACCACCGUGAAGCUUUGUAUCCUCCAUAUCUGUUUUACUAUAACAGCACAAUAGUUUGUUUUACAGGUUAAUGAGGGGUUAACUCAACCCUACCAUGCAAAUGCCCUUGUCCUGGGGCUUGUGGACACAGGUCUCUGUAACAGUUUGUUUUGUGUCAUUUUGUCCACCAAGUCUAAAAAGUAUGCUGUUCAGAUGAAAGCAAUUUUAUAAUGUAGUCAAUCAUGUCUAAGCAUACAGUAAGGGAUAUGCAACUGGUUUUCAUUGGCCCGAAAUGUAGUCUGAUGAAACUCUCCCCAUACGAUUAAAACAAAUACAUCAGCCAGUUAUAAUAUUAUGAAGACCCAGUGCAAUUGAACACAACAGCGUUGUCACAAAAUCUACUUUCAGGAAGCUAGAUUAAAUUGAUAGUUGCAGCAUUGGAAAUGGUUAUACCAUUAUCCUUUCUCCAGUAGAGCUUGUCUCACACCUGUGAUGAUGUGUGCGUGUGCGUGUGUGUGUGUGUUUCAGGUGUACAUGGCCUCUCAGUCCAUGCUGAUCGUCUUGAUUGGAUCUACCCCACAGUACCACAUCGAGCAACAGGACGUGGUCCCCUCCAGCCAGCAGGAGCUCAUCCAGCGCAUAACUUUUACAGAGGACAUUGACUCCAUAGUGACCGAGGUGAAGAAGCAAUUGUUAGCAUGUAUGUGACGUGAGCUACUUUUUUAACCGAAUGAUUCAAAAAAUAAAGCCAAAGUUGUUUUCUCUGUCUGUUACCCAGUGGUUUCUCAUCAAGCAGCAGGCCUACAAGGUCAGUCUUGCUGGAUCGCUGUUCUUUGCUGGGCUUCUGGUCGGAAACGUUGUAUUCGGACCGCUCUCAGACAAGAUCGGGAGGAGACCUGUGUAUUUGACAGGUGAGGAAACCUCAAGCUGUGAGCUGUUGGUUUAGCAAUCAGUAAAACAAUUUUAUGAAGUAUUAUUUACAACAAGAGUUUUAAGAUUAGAUGGAAGGUUUCCUUAUAAGAUAUGAUAUGACAUGAUUUAAUGCGACACACUUUAUUGUCUUCUUGGGCAAACUUGUCCCUUGACACAAGUGAUGCACAUGUUCGACUACAUCCAUAAUUAAAACAUGAAUUCAUCUAUGUGAAAGACUGGCUAAGACUCGUAUACAGAGAACACAUAGUGAGACCAUCACAGCAAACCAGCAACACAUAUUUGCACAUCACCCAUUCUGCACAAGAGGACAUCAUAGUAAGAGAAAGAUAAAACUACAAAGAAAAGCAUAACACACAUGGCAGAGAAUGGUUAAAGUAUUUACCUACAGAGCCCAGCAAAUGUGUAAUAUAAAUUUCAAGUACUUUAAAACAGAUCAUCUACCUCAUUGCUAUUAAGUGUUUCCCUUCUUUCCUACUGUAUAUUUAUUCAAAUUCUCUGCAUAAGCAUGUGCAGGUUUCCCACCAGCCUCUCUUAGAAGUGAUUCAGACCAGCGCAGUCAAGGGAGUAAACAUGUUCAGACAGGAACAGAGAGGAGAGGGGGAAGACUGAGCACUGUGUUUUUUAUGCUUUCAGUCUGUAUCAGAUUUUGCUGAUACUUAAGGUUUGAAUUUAGAGAGAUACAGUUGGGUUGAUUCAUUCCUAACUGUUGAAUACACUGCGUGAAAACACAUUAGCAGACAGUGGAUUUUUUUAAAACAACCUCCUGCAGUUGUGAAUGUGUCUACACAAUAAAACCAAGCUCAGCAGCUCCUCUCACCUGUCUUAAAGCUGCAUGUGUUUAUAUUUCUGCAUACUCUGUCCUUAUGUCUCUUCUGUUUAAUCUGUGCUUCUUUGUUCGUAGACUUGUAUUUGUUUAAAUCAUACACUGUUUAAGCUGCAGAGUCAAGCUUAUCCUCACACUCAAGACAGAGACGAACAAAAAGCAUUGACAACACAAAGUAACACAUGGAACUGUGUAAAGCUUUAUGGCAGCACAAAGAGUUAGACAGACACAGUACCCUGCAAUAUUUAAAAAUGAUUUAAAAAAAGGCUAAAGACAGUGAGGCUGAGUUGCUUACAGAAGUGUCAACUCUCUUUAAAAUUUCAGGACAUACUGUCACAGAUGUUUGACUUUGUCUGCAUCGAUUUGGUGGGUUUAGCAAUCCUAGAAGGGCCAAUUUUUGCUAAUUUACUAUUGUAUCAUCCUGUUUGUCGUUCAGUAAACUCCACUUCCUUAAACUCUCAGACAGGACUCUGCUCCUUUCAUUUUUUUUCUUUCCUUUUAUCUUCUUCUGUCUCCCUGUCUUCCUCCCAGGUCUGUUUCUGGAGGUGGUCUUCGGUUAUGUGACCGCCUUCGCACCCAGCUAUGAGGUUUUUGCCCUGUCCCGUCUCCUCGUGGGGCUGAUGAAUGGCGGCAUCGGCCUGGUGUGCUUCGUCCUUAUUCAGGAGUAUGUUGGGAAGUCGUACUGGGCCAUGACAGGUAAGAAAACACAGAAUCUUGACUGUAUCACUGAAUAUGAAUAUCUUUUUUUUGACUGCUGUGAAGUUGAUACUGGAAAGAAGUGGCAGAGAUGCUCUUUGGUUGUUUAAGUACUCAAAAUUAAGUUUUGUUCUUGCCUAAUAGGACGAAACUUUGCUGUCUUGUUGGAUUAAGUUAUCUGUUUCUCUUCAGGGACGUUUGCCAGCAUGGCUUUUGCUGUCGGCAUCGCCUUGUUCGGAGCUCUGGGAUACUUCAUCCAGCCAUGGAGGAGCCUGGCCACAGCAGCCAACUCAUUUGGUGUCCUGUUCUUCAUGUUGUCUGUGUGAGUGCAAAUCUCAGCGACAAGAGCCACUUCCUGUUUAUGGAUUAAAUCCUUUGAAAAGAAGACAUGCUGUAGGUUAUUGGAUCCUUUUUUUUAGAUUGGCUUCCUAAAACAGUUAAAUAUUGGAUCAGUAAACAUGAAGGCUCUCAAACUUUGCAGCAGCAGCUUCUUCUGUGACAGCAGGAGAAGCCCGAGCUCUGUGUAAAGCAAUUGUAUCUCAUGUUGUUCAAUAUCAGUUUUAAGGAAAACAUACUUUGGUUGGUCCUCUAACCACGACUCUGGUCUUUUUUUUCUUUCUCCAGCACUCUUCCAGAGUCUCCUCGUUGGCUGUACUGUCAGGGUCAGACUCAGCAAGCAGAAGAGGUAAAUAUAUAUUCAUAUGAAGGAUUGAUUUUAAAGUUUCUCAAAUCAUUGAGGCACACGGUCAGCGCUGAAAUAUGCAAAAUACUUGUGUCAGAUUUGUUUGAACUGAUUUGCAGAUUGGGUACAAAUAAAUAACCCAGAUUUUGCUGUUGAAAGUGUUCAGAUUUUUGUUUUGUUAUUCAAAUAGUGUCAUCCACUAUUUUUGAAAAGUAUUUACUGGAGGGUAACAGUUCUUGUGGAUGGUCAGAAUGUAACCCUGGACCCCUUUGGCGGUCAUCUCAAGACGAAUAGGCUUUUAGCAAAGUCAGAGUUUGUGUUUUGUGUCAGCAUUACCAGUCCAGCUGCAUCAGUUGCCACCAUAACAAAUGUAACAGUCUGGAAUAAUGUUGGUGUUUAGUCCCACCUGUUCAUAGUGGAGACCAACUGAGAUGUCUUCUGUUUGAUGACUUUGGCUGUACUGUGGCAAGUUCAUCAGUGAUAAACAGGAUGGUCAUGUUUCUUGGGAAAACGUUAAAGGAACAAAAUUAAAACUUCUUCCUGAAAUAUUCACGAGUUGACCCUGGGUUGACUUCAGUGAACCACCAGGGCCACAUAUUCAGGAACUGUCUAAUCCUUCUAGGUCCUGCGCUGCAUGGCACAACACAAUGGCAACACCGCCCCUAACCUGAUGUUACAGCGUGUCGCCACUGCUAAAGCUGGUAACCCUGACAACAAGAACACUGGCAUCAUGCAGCUGGUGAUCCAUCCUGUUCUCCGCAUGAGGACCGUGGUGCUCAUGUAUGUCUGGUGAGUUCAUCUCCACAGAAACACAAGCAUGCUAGAAGCUGCAGCUCAAAGUUUCUGAAGGGGCCUGUCACAGACUUCUGAAUACUUCAACUUCAGAGUGUCCGGUACUGUAUGACUGUUUCUGUCGCUGCUAUCUUUACCAACAACUCUGACAGUACUGAAAAUAGAUCCACUGCUGAACCGUGUUAGUCUUUGCUGCUGUUAACCACAACUCUCCUUUUCAUGCCUCAGCUGCCUCUUUAAAUGAACCGUGGCUCAACUGCAGUUCAUGUUGGGGAAAGUUUCAACAAAGAGAAAUUAGAUUUUGUAGUUUCCCAGGGUGGGGUGGCAUGUCUUCAGAGCCAAACAGCUCUAAUGGUGUUGUUGCAAACGUUCAUGCUUAAAAUAGCACUCGAGUGAGGUCAUGAAUGUCUUGACAUUUUGCCAGAAAGCACAGACAGAUGAGAUUUAUUGUUCUAGUUCAAGCACUCUGGGUGGGUCUUUUUGGUUUCUACGAAAAAGCCUCCAUGCAGUGAUCAGGUGACACAGAAACAGCUAGCAGUGAAGUGGAGUGUUUUUAGCCUGUCAAUAAUCAAAAACUGUUUCCCUGACCCUCCUUCACUCAGACUUUGUCACAGCUCCUUUAGGUGAAAAACAGACUUCACUUGUUAACUUUGAGGCUUGUGAAUUGAUUGUCAGGAAUAAGUGGCAUGUCUCCGGUCCGUGCUUUAUAGAUAACCGUAUUAGAUCAUCUGUUCUUAGAUCAGAUAGCGCUUUUUAAAACCAUAACGUUUCCUUUGCGGACAGGGUUUACAUUGAACAGACUCCUCUAGUGGGAAAACACAGCAGGAUGUGCACAAAUAAAUAAAAUAUCCCAGAACAGCUCGGUAAGCUGCAGAUUCAUGAUCUUAAACUGAAACAAAAAUUAUUUGUUUUACCUCCAGAAGAAAAAGACAGAAGAUGAAACUUUUAAAAUCAACUUUAAACCCCAAACUCCCCACGUCCAAUCCUCUAACACAGGGGUUCUCAACCUUUUGUGAACUGGCCCCCCCCCAAAGUUGGUCCAAUGCAGUUGAGCAGCCGCCCCCCCCCCCAGCAGCAGCAGCAGCAGCAGCGAUCAGUAUUAAGUGUAAUAAACUUCAUCAUCAGAGUCUCCACUAUUUAACAGAGAUCUGACAUUAAAUAAAAUCUCUUACCUUCACUCUGGUGUCUAAAACACUCAGCAUCAUCACUCAUCCAGCUCCAACAGUAUAAUAAUCCACUGAUAUGAUUCCCAUUUACAUCCUGUUUAAAUCCCGUUUACAACCUUGCGGUCAGCGUCUCAUCCAUUCGCGUGAAAAAUCAAGUUUUUAGCACUAUUUCUGGUCAGCCGGCACAGUCGUUCAUUUCCUGGUCUUCUUCCACUGGGACACGGAAUGCGUCUCGGUUCCGACACGAUGAGUCAGUCACGGCCUGUCUGGACCUGUGGUCUGGACUCAGUACCAGGUCCAGAGAGACACUUGUGCUGCCCGCCUCCUUACCCACACCCGUUCACGAGACCACAUCACUAGGGCUGCAACUAACAAUUAUUUUGAUAAUCGAUUAAUCUGCCGACUAUUUUAAUAACUAAUCGAUUAAUCGGAUAAACAGGCUAAAUUCAUCAAUGCAGCUGUAAAUAGCAAUAGCAUAGGGCUUUAGUUUAUCAUAUGAGUUUAUCUGCCAUGAGGUGUUGAGGUCUCUGCAUGUGUAGGUUACUGACUUACUGUAAUCAUCCGGUCUUUCUCGUCCUAAUAAAAACCUGCUCUAUUUCGGCGAGUGUCUGUCUUCUUCUGUAGUCAAACCGCAAGAUAUCAAAAUCUACCCGGAUACAACACUGCUGCUUUUUGAUUGGCUGUUCAGUAGAUAUACUUUAUUUGAUUGGCUUGCGCGUGGCACGCAACUUCUGAACUCUCGGAGAAACUCAGCUGAUUUCCACCUGUUCCAUAGUCAAAGAAGUGCAACUUGGUGGACAUCACCGUGUUCAAAAUGCGUGAGAAAUACAAUGUGUGGUGUGUAAGCGUGUGAACGAGUGGGAAUGCGUGUGUCAUACGCUGAAUGCUUGAGACUUGAGAGCCCUGUGCUCGCGCAUCAUCGAUGUACUCCCGUGCCAUGCAAAACGGUCUUUGCAAAUGUUGCACUGAACGCCUUCCUUUUCAGUCUUGGUGAAGUUUUCCCACACCACUGAUGUUUUAGGUCGGGAUUUGGGUUGGGUUGUGUCCAUGUUUUUCUCAGCCGCUGUCUCGGCCAUGGCUGUUUCUUUUCUGUGCGUCCUGCUGAUGUUUACAUGCCGGUGUCCAUGGACAUAUAUAAAGACCCGACGAAUCGAUUACAGAAUUAGUUGGCAACGAAUUUUUUCGUCACGACGAAUCGACUUAAUCGAUUCGUUGUUGCAGCCUUACACAUCACCCCCAUCCUCCUCCGUCUACACUGGCUCCCCAUCAAGCAACGCAUCAUGUUCAAGAUCCUCCUUCUCACCCACAAAGCCCUUCAUCAUCAAGCCCCUUCUUAUCUCACCGACCUACUCCAGCCUCAUGUACCCCCGUAACCUCCGUUCCUCCUCUGCCCAUCUUCUCACCCCACUGUCACGACCCAAGCACCGAACUUGGGGGGAUCGGGCAUUCUCCACAGCUGCCCCUACCCUUUGGAACUCGCUACCUCCCUCCAUCAGACACUGCCCUGACCCCACUACUUUUAAAUCCCUUUUAAAAACUCACUUAUUUAAAAUUGCUUUUAAUAUUUAACUGUUUCGUCCAUCUUACUGUUUUUAUGUCUUUGUCUUAUUAUCUUGAAUUUUACGUACCAUGUAAAGCGUCUUUGAGUGUUUUUAAAAGCGCUGUACAAAUAAAAUGAAUUAUUAUUAUUAUUAUUACUUGGUCGUUUAAGUGGGUGGGGCAAAAUAGUAGUAAACUUUUAUUGGCACUUGCCAUGCCGUGCGGCAGCUUCUGGAUGAGGUAGGCUGUAUAUUGGUCAAUUUCCAACCACUGCUACAUCUCCUUUGUACUAAUAGCCGGUAAGGGAGGGUGUCCGCGCCCUUGAGAACCACUGCUCUGUAAUACUCACCUGCCUGGCUUCUUUAAAUAUAUUGUGUGUGUGUGUGUGUGUGUGUUUUGCAGGUAUGCAUGCAGUCUCGUGUAUUACGGUCUAACUCUGGGAGCCAGUGAUACGUCUGGUAGCCGGUACAUGAAUGUAGCUAUGUACGGCCUGGUGGAGCUGCCUGCUUACCCCCUCUGUAUAUACUUCAUCAACAAACACUGGUGAGACACACACACACACACAAACACACUGAACCAGGACAGACACCACACUUGGUCACACUGUUCACCACUUUUUAUGCUCUCUGCAGGCGGCCUGAAGCCACAUCACUCGUCCUAAGGUGUCACUUAUUCUUUGUAGACGUGAAGAGAAAUGCUAUUUUUUGAUCAUGGUUUGGAAACAAUGUGCUGCGCAGAUGCUUGAAGGCAUCGUGCUGCUGGCACAUGUGAAGUGCUUUGUUUUCACCUAAAUAAAAGCAUGAGGGUUCUGACAACAAGAACUGAUGUGUGGCCACUCUCACCUAUCUACUGUUUGAAUGUGACUUAGGAUGGGUGCAGGGUUUUAAAUUCAAUCACUUGUUCGUUUGGCUGGUGGGUGGAUGAUUUUUGAUGAUUCAGAUAAAGUCAAAAAGACAGAGGUGUAGUAUCUGCACACACAUUAGAGUUGCUCUUUAUCUUGUUGUUGAGAUUUAAAAACAAAAACAGUUAAGUUGGUGUAAUCUUUAAUUAUCUCUGCUCCUUUGUUUGACACACAUUUGUUUAUGUGAUGCUCCCCAGGGCUGGAAGGAGGAAAAGCAUGGCCAGUUUCUUGUGUCUGGCUGGCUCUGCAUGCUUCUGCACCAUGCUCUUCCCUGAGAACGCAGGUGAGACGCUUGCGCUAACUUGAUCACACUUUUGUAGCUGUACUUAAAUGUGUGUCGACAACAAAGCGCCCCAUUGUCUCAAACUAGGUUUUGUGUAACCUUCAUGUUUCCUGAAUGCAAAACCACAGUGUGAGCUCACUGCCAUCAAACCUUUCAUGACUGUGAGAAACAGCAACUGGUACAAAUCUACCCGAAAGCUCUGGGUGUUUGACUGCAGCUUGUUCUCAGAAGUGAUCACCUUUCUUCUUUAACCUGAUUGAAAUAACUCAUGGCCACAGAGUUCCUUAGGCAGAAGCUCAUAAGGCUGUCUUAUGUUUUUCAUCCUGUCCUGUCCAUACUGUUAUCACACUCAGCUGGCAGCAGACACUGAGCCACUGCUGCAAUAAUGGCAUCACACACAAAUAGUUAAUCGUUAAUCUAUCACUGCACUUUGACUCAGAAAAUAGAUAACCCUGUUCAGGCAGGAAAAUGUUGAACCAGUGUAUAUGCAAACAAAUCACACCAUUAAAGUUGAGUUUUGUGUCUUGUGGGAUGAUGGAAAGUUAAACAGUUGAGAAAAAAAAAGUGUCUGUUGUAUUUGUAUUUGUGUUUGUCAGGGCUGAGCGUGACGUUGUUGGCUCUGUUGGGUAAACUGAUGGUCAGUGCCGCUUUCAACAUCGCCUAUGUCUACACCUCUGAGCUCUACCCAACAGUUAUCAGGUGAGGAAGGAAAUCCCCCCAAAAAACUCAGCAUGUAGAAGUGUGUUGAGAGAGUUUAACUCUUGAGAAUCUGUGUGUGAUUUCUCAUGUUCUUGUUUCUAAGUUGACUGUUUUGAUACAUUUUUUUGUUGUUUUUUUUUUUUUUAGAAAUGCAGGUUUGGGAGUUUGCUCUAUGUCGUGCAGAGUAGGAGGAAUUCUUGCACCAUUUGUCCCCUCUAUGGUAAGAGUCUUUAAAUGUGCAGUUCAACAAGAGCUCACAGCUUCUCUAAGUUUAUUUUAGUUUCAACUUAUGUGAAGUUUGAGGGUCGUUUCAGAGACAAAUCCAGGACAGAGGUGACAGUUUUGUUUGCUCUCGAAUAGAUAAAUACUUUAAUGUGAGACUUAAAGGUCAUUCAUCAUAGCUGAGCAGAGACUGAGCUCACAGAACGAUUGGUGCUGUCUCACAUUUCUCACAGACUCCCUGUAAAUGUGCAGUUGUUGUUAAAAUGCAGUUUUUGGUAUGACAUUUUUAAAAAACAAAUAAAAUGCAACUGGACAAAAUAAAGAAAAAAGCAAAACUAGGGAGGUAAGUGUUGUACACAGUUAAUAUAGCACAUAGUCACAGUAAAAAGCCCCACUCACACUGAGGUUUCUGUGUCUGUGGAGAUGGUUUCAAAGAAGAAAUCAGAGCAGAUUAAAGUGUUUCAAAAAGAUCCACACAUUAUCACAUACAGGUUGCAGCAAUUAAUCAUAUUGAAAAAACCAUGGCCAUUUGGCUCUGAGGAACCGGGUAAGUAUGCGGAUAAGAACUUUUUAUCACAGCAGAGAGAUAGUAAGAGCUGCUUUUCCUACAGCUGUGUAUACGCUCCCUAAUCCUCCUGUUAGUCAGGACUGUAGGAACCUUUUUCACAUGAACCCCCGACAUUUUGUGGAUGAUCUCAAGACAUUCAGGCCCUGAUAUGAAAAAGAAAAUAUUAAAUUCAGUUACAGCAGGUGUGUAACAGUUUUUACUUUUUGAAUGAUUCUUUCGUUUGAGUUUUGGAUGUUUAUAUUCAUCCAGUUAUGUGUCUCUCUCUUCUGCUUCAGCUCUGGUAACAUGUUAUUAUCACUCCCUAUCACUUCCUUAAAGGGAGUUUCCUCUGACUUUCUGCCACAUUCUUUCAUGAGCUCACUCAGUAUCCCACCCUAAAGUAACGCUGAGGCAAUAUUUGAGUCAGUGCGUUGAACUCUGUUUUAUGUAUUCACUCAGCUUACUGGGGUUAUUUUUGAAUGGUUUAAGGAACUUUGGUGCUGGUGCAAAAGCAGUCACAGAUUAUAGUUCACUUUCAUUUUAGCUCACUCACAUUACAAGAGUAUCUCAUGUCAUCGCAAAGUUUGAAAGCUGUUGCAGGGGUUUAAAAAAAGUGCAAGAAUAAGAGUCAUAAGAAGAGCUAGUUUAUAUGAGCUAAUGUAGAGGUUCAUGUCUUCAUGUCUAAAACAACAUUUGGUUUGUGUGUGUGUUGCAGAAAGCUCUACACACCUCCAUGCCGUUUACUGUCUUCUGCCUGAGCGGUCUGUCAGCAGGCUGCCUGGGCCUCCUGCUGCCUGAAACCCUGGACAAACCUGCAGCAGAGACACUGGAGGAGCUGAACAAACCCACAUACAGCCGCGUGCUGGAGACCAAGGUGAUAAACACUGUACAUCCGUCAAUCACUCAAGCUUGAAUGUGCUAAAACCACAGUGACGAUCUUUAUUUAAAAUCAUGUCUGACUUCUCCUUUUUGUCUGUAGGCUCUUCUGUGUGAGGAUGACUGAUGCAGAUCGAACUGCGAGUGAAGCCAGCUCGUAUACAUCUCAUUCCUACUUGAACCACUGCCUCAAAAUGGUGAACUGUACCUUUAAUCAUGCAGCAGGUCUAAUCACCAUAGAUUUCAUGUCAGUUACUGUGACAUUUCCAAGUGGGCGAGGGCUUUGACGGGGACAAACACUCUCAGAGUAGAGUGUGCCUAAUUCAUCUUUUCCUCCUUUGUGUAAUUUUUACAGAGAGGAAAAAAAGCAGGCGAUCUAUGCCUUUAUUUAAAUUUACUUUAAGGUGCUCGUGCCUUAUUUGGAGGUAGGGAGAGGAGACAGAGAGCACAGAAACAACAGGACAGGUUUAUGUCUUACAUUCCAGAGAGGUUCUUUAAUCUGAAGAUUUCACUUCCAGCAGGCCGAAGUGCCAAACUCCACGGCGUCAAAGGGGGUGUUAGGACAGCACGGGAGUGUUUACACCGCACAUUUACCUCCAUGUGUCCAAAAGCAAUCAGGCAUCAGAGACAAUAUGUGUAUGAAGCUGCUUUCAGAAGUCAACCAAACUCUUAAAAACAAGUCAUAAAAUUAUCCUCCAUGGCUCAACAUUCAUAACAGUUUUUCUUCAUUUUUUGUUUUGUAAGAUGCCAAAUAUUUUACAAAUGUUUCCUCCUCUACCAAACAACCUGACCUGAUGAUUAAAACCAGUCACAACAGUAACAAAGCAGUUGACUGUAAAGCUCGUGGUUUCCUGAUGUGUCAGGAGCUGUGCACUGAUCUGCCUAUGUUUAUAUGCUGACUCCAAUUCUUCACAUGUUUUGGUGAUAUGAAAAAUAACAGUGUUAUGACUUUUAACAAUAUCAAAGUAGUUGCCUGAAGAUGUUUUAAUGUCAAGCCAACAGUCGGGCUGUAUUUUCCAGAUAAAAGAUGACUGUGACAGUAGUUUGUGUGAAGGUGUCCUGGCUUUGAUUUGUUUGUGUUACACUGUAAAAGGUCAAGCUGCAGGUUUAAAUGAGCAACAUGAAAACUAAAAGAAAGAUGGUGUCAUGAAAUUAAUGUGCUGAAUCCGUCAUGUUGGCUAUAAGGAGUUAAAGCUGCACUUUCAGCACAAUUCCACCAGUUUCCUCUUUUUUAGUUUGAUUAAUAAACAGUGUCAAAACUGAAAGAGCAGAGUUCACUCCUGCUUUAUGGUUCAUUUACUGCAAAUCGAAACUGAUCAAAAGAGGCUUUUUUUGUCAUGGGAUCUUACAGGCAGAGGCAGAGGUACAAACUAAUGAAGACGUUCAUGUCAAGCUGUUUACAAAAUUGUGCAAAUAUGUCAAUUUGAACAUUUCUAGAGACAGUUUGUUUACGAAAUAGAACUUUGGGCACAGCUUUUCCAGAUUGAUGCUUUGUACUUUAAGAAUUUCUGAAACCAGGAGUCAUACUAUUUAUUACCUUUGUGAAACAUACAUUUAUCAAGACUUCUUACACCUCCAAACUUCAACAAGCCUCUUAAAGAGGUUCAAACACUGGACCUAGCCAGUAAAAAACACUAAUGCUCGAAACUCUACAAAUGACUUAAAAAUAAAUGUAGUAAAAUAGUACCAAAAAAAUGAAAGCUAAAUAUUAGACUGCACCUUUAAACCUUUAAACUUCAUGAGUUAUGAUCCUACAGCACUACAGCCAGAAGCUUACCCUCCUGUGAAGACUUUUUUUGUAGUUUCUGGGAUAUAUUGAGUAAAUUUGACAGCUGUGAGAUUUAUUCUGAACUAUCAUUAAUCAAGGUCUUUCUUCUUCUUUAUUCCUACUAAUUCUAGAUACAGAAGGAUUUAACACCAAAUAUGUCAGAAAAAUACAUCAAUGUACAACUGAACAUGCACCACAGAGCUAAAGGUGCCGGUGAGCGUCCAAAAUGUAUCCAUUUAUAUUCUGUAUAGAAAUCACUCUGCCUCCUGUGCCUUUCACUAUCACGUGAAGAUGUUUCACAUUUAUUGGUAAAUGUUCUUGAGAUGUCAUUUUAAAUAUGAAAAUAGUUGAAAAAAUGCUGCCUGUGAUGUUUCAAAUGCCUUCAUUUUGUACUGUCUACAAUCAUACAACAACAACAAUGAAGGCAGGAAAUAUACACUGUAUGGACUUUGAUGAAAGAUUCUUAAAAUGUUGAAUGGUCUAUUUAUGUGAAGAGCAGUAAACUGUUCAAAACGUCAUGAAA